GUGCCAACGUGCGCGGACGCCGUCGCCGCCGCUGGAGUCCGCCGGGCAGAGCCGGCCGCGGAGCCCGGAGCGGGCGGAGGGAAGCGCCCCCAGGACCGGUUGGGCCAGCGGCGCCGCGCGCGGCGGCAGGACGAGGAGCGGCGAGCAGGGGAGGAGGGGAGAGCGGCUCGUCCACGCGCCCUGCGCCGCCGCCGGCCCGGGAAGGCAGCGAGGAGCCGGCGCCUCCCGCGCCCGCGUCGCCCUGGAGGGAUCGCGGAUGCCCCGGCGCGGCCGCCGUCCCGAGUAGCCCCCGGAGGGGACCCGCGGCCAGCUCGCGCGCCUUCUCCCCGCCCGGGCGGGAGCCGGCUCCGCGCGAAGGGCUCUCCCGGCGCCUCAUGCGGCCGGCCCUGCGCCUGCCCAGCCUCGGGUGAGCCGCCUCCGGAGAGCCGCGGGCUCGGCGUGCUCUCCUCCGGGGACGCAGGACGCAGCGGCAGCCCCGGGCGCGCGCCGGAGGCAUGGAGCGCUGCCCCAGCCUGGGGGUCACCCUCUACGCCCUGGUGGUGGUCCUGGGGCUGCGGGCGGCACCGGCCGGCGGCCAGCACUAUCUCCACAUCCGCCCGGCGCCCAGCGACAACCUGCCCCUGGUGGACCUCAUCGAGCACCCGGACCCUAUCUUUGACCCCAAGGAGAAGGAUCUGAACGAGACGCUGCUGCGCUCGCUGCUCGGGGGCCACUACGACCCGGGCUUCAUGGCCACCUCGCCCCCCGAGGACCGGCCCGGGGGCGGCGGGGGGGCCGCCGGGGGCGCUGAGGACCUGGCGGAGCUGGACCAGCUGCUGCGGCAGCGGCCGUCGGGGGCCAUGCCGAGCGAGAUCAAAGGGCUGGAGUUCUCCGAGGGCUUGGCCCCGGGCAAGAAGCAGCGCCUGAGCAAGAAGCUGCGGAGGAAGUUACAGAUGUGGCUGUGGUCGCAGACCUUCUGCCCGGUGCUGUACGCGUGGAACGACCUGGGCAGCCGCUUCUGGCCGCGCUACGUGAAGGUGGGCAGCUGCUUCAGCAAGCGCUCGUGCUCGGUGCCCGAAGGCAUGGUGUGCAAGCCGUCCAAGUCCGUGCACCUCACCGUGCUGCGGUGGCGCUGUCAGCGGCGCGGGGGCCAGCGCUGCGGCUGGAUUCCCAUCCAGUACCCGAUCAUUUCGGAGUGCAAGUGCUCAUGCUAGAACUCGGGGACCCCAGCCCGCACCCGGACACUUGAUCUAUUCAAUGAACUUUUUUUUUUUUUUUUUUUUUUUUUUUUUUGGCUACAGAGACUUAGCUUUCUGGUUCAUGUAAUGCACUGUUUAACUGUGUAGGAAUGUAUAUGUGUGUGUAUAUAUGGUCCCAGUUUUAAUUUACUUAUUAAAAGGUCAGUAUUAUACGUUAAAAUUUACCGGCUUCUACUGUAUUUUUAAAAAAAAAAUAAGCAAAAGAAAAAAAAAAGAACAGAAAAGAGAGACUUAUUCUGGUUGUUGCUAAUAAUGUUAACCUGCUAUUUAUAUUCCAGUGCCCUUCGCAUGGCGAAGCAGGGGGGAAAAGUUAUUUUUUCUUAAACUACAAAGAGCGGGGAGAACUUUUGUAGAAGGACUUUUAAAAAGCUAUUUUCCAUUCUUCGGAAAGUGUUUUUGGUUUUCCUUGGACCUCGAAGAAGCUAUAGAGUUCAAUGUUAUUUUACAGUUAUUGUAAAUAUAGAGAAAAAAUGGAAUGACUAAUCAUUGUAAAUUAAGAGUAUCUGCUAUUUAUUCUUUAUAAUAUCCCGUGUAGUAAAUGAGAAAGAAGUGCAGAGCAGGAUUAAAGAAAACCACUAA